UGUUAACAUUACAAGAUUUCAGCAUUAUUUAUGAAAAUGAAGGGCUACAAUAUCGGAAUAAUGAAUCUUUGUCGGAAUUUCGAUUUUAAAUUUUCUGAAAUUAACGAGGAAGUCAAUAUGUACUUGUAUAAAGUCAAUGAAAAAAGGGAAAUUUCUAUAACCGAACAUAAUCAAAUUUCUUUAGGCAAAGAGAUCGUCGAUAGAAGACGAAUGGAACAACAUAUGAAAAAAGAAUGCGAACAGAACAUGGAAAGAUUUAUUAAUUUUAUGAGAGAAAAUUUAAAAUCCACAGAAGAUACCAACAAUGAAUCAAAACGAUUACUGAUAGCUUCAAGACUUUUACAGGCAAUGAUCACUUUAUGCCCCCAUUUGAAGAAUUGUUGCACAAUUGAUAAUAAUAGCAAUUUAUGGACUACCAUUUGCGAUAAAUUCAAUCAAAAUAGUUUAGAACAUUUACAAUUGUGGGUUGAUAUUGCCACACACCAAAACAAAGUGACAAUAGAUUCGUUAUUGGAUAUUUCAAAUGUUUACAGCAUGCUGGGUGUGUUACCAAAAUGGGAAACGGUCGAAAUAGAAGGCGAAUCCGAGGAAACUGUUGUCAAAUCUCAAAUUAAAGUACCCUCUAGGCCUAGUAUAGCUCUCGAAAAGAUUUUUAGUAAAAUAGGGGAAACAUUAAACCUUCUGUUACCGUACACGUUGCCUAAAGAAAUUCACGUUUUAUAUUUAGAAAAGAAUCUGCUUACAAUUCUUGAUUGUUACGAAAGACUCGCGUUAGAAGACUUAAACCAAAUACAAGCACUCCAAUUUCUUUUCGACGUUAAAUAUCUAACAACUUUCAGUAUUCCAAAAGAAAACGCGAAUUUACAUCAUUUAUCGCAAAUGAUCUGCGAUAAACUGAGGUCGAAAGUUGAUCCUUUUGACUUAGAUGUUCUCUACAAGCCCUUGCUAAACAACGUCAAGUACAGUGUUCUACAAACGCAAGUGAUUUUUGGAUGUUUAUUACCAAGUGCCGAACAUUUAGCGAACAUUGGAACGGGUGAAAAGCGGGAACAAGAAAAUGAACCAUCGAUAAUAACAUUCAGCGUCCCAUCGGGUACUGUAUGGUUCCCCUUGUUACCCGUUACAGCGCCCGCACAAAAGGUUCUCGCAUCUACCGGUGCACAAACUCAAAAACAGAAAAGCGUACCUAAACCAAGCACUUCAUUUGCUUCAGUAAAUGAUUAUAAGUUAUUUUAA